AUGCGUUUCGCAGCUCUGGUGAUAGGCCUUCUGGCCACUUUCGUUUCGACGGUGACGGCAACCGCUCUCACUUAUAAACUCGAAGCCAACGAGAAAGCUUGUUUCUACAACUAUGUUGACCAGAGGAACGCGAAGGUCGCCUUCUACUUCGCUGUCCAAUCUGGCGGCUCUUUCGAUGUGGAUUAUCAGGUGGUCGGCCCUGGUGAGAAAGUGGUCUUAGAUGGAACCAAAGAACGACAGGGCGACUUCGUUUUCACGGCACAGAGCAUCGGGGAAUAUAGAUUCUGCUUCAAUAAUGAAAUGUCGACUUUCGCCGAGAAAUUGGUGGAUUUUGAGAUUGCGGUCGAAAACGAAGAACGUGCGCAACUCCCUUCCCGACAGGGUGCCAGUCCCGAGCAGGCCUCCGCGAUCGAGGAGUCCGUUUACAAGCUUUCCGCCCAGCUUUCGACCAUUUCUCGAAACCAGAAAUACUUCCGGACCCGAGAGAACCGUAACUUCAGCACUGUUCGUAGCACAGAACGUCGGAUCUUUAACUUUAGCGUCAUUGAGGGCUUGAUGAUGGUAUCGAUGGCUGGAUUGCAGGUCUUUGUUGUCCGGUUCUUCUUCCAGGGUGCUAGGAAGGGUUGGUUAUUCAAUGCUAACGGGCAAACAGGUUACGUGUGA